CGUACAUAUUAUCGGUCCUACUUUAAAUUAUUACUCGUACCAAUGAUUACUGAAAGGUGAAAUGACCUAGAUAAGUGUUUGUACUCGUAUGUAGUUGCAUGUAUCAAAGUUGCACGUAUGUUUUUGUAUCCGUUCGGUGGUUUGAUGUGCAUAUAAGCAACUUGUGUUAUGUGUGAAUUAUGACAUUUGAAUGAUGAAGCCAGUAGUGUUGGCAUGUUAUACGCAGAAUGUUUGGUACUUAUUUAUUUUAUUUCGAAGUGUUUUUGUAUUGAAAUUUUCGAAGAAGUUUUUUGAUAUGUGAAGAUUGUGAAUAAUCAGCAUAUUUUCGUUCGUGUGUGAUCUCAUACUUCAAAGUUGCGUAUACCCAAAUUCGAUUCCUUCAACAUGGCCGGCGACAUCGAAGACUACCCGUUCAGUUUUAUGAACCAGCCAUCAUCGCUCCAGCAGCUAGAAUCGUCCGAAAUAGCCUUAGCCUUAUGGAAAUUCAUGUAUUCAAAGUCGCCUAAUCCCACUCUCAGCUCGAUCCUGCACAGUAAAAAUUUCAGCUGCGAAAAAAUGCUCGUCGUUCCGCCUCGUUUCAAAGUCAAAAUCGAUGAAAGAAUCGCCACGUUUCCGGCAGAGCUAAGAAAAUGGAUAAACUUUCACGCGAAGCAGGAUUUUUUUGAUGGUAAUUUUCGAGACAUGUUUUCCAAGAGUUUCAACCUUAUGAACCUCGAUUCCUGUGGUGGUAUUUGUUUCAAGGCGACGGCGAUAAACAUCCUGAAUUCGAACCAGUUCAACAACAUAGAAAAAUAUAAAUUAGCUUGCGAGUUUUGUUUAGAAGAAUACGUCAAAAAAUUAUGGCCUUUUGUGGCAAAAGAUGCGCGAGUCGGUGAAAAUGCCAACAUCGAUAAACACAGCUUGAUGUUUUACUGGAAUCGUCGAAUGAAAUCGAGAAAACCCACCCUCAAGGAUACCCUAUCAGUUAAAACGCGAUUGAAAAAUACUCGGAAGGCGAGUAAUUGGCCAGCAUUCGAGUAUUUUUGGAACACGCACUCGACAGACCCAGAGAAAUUGCAGCAGGCUAUUUUAUGCCUAAAACGAGCCAACGAUGAAGCUAUCAAGCGUACAUUGCCUUCGUUGAACCAUAUCUUGGCUACGAAAGUGUUUGAAGACGUGGCCCCUCAAAUUUUACAUCUUUUGGUCCCCAACGAGAAGUAUUUCCAGCACGUGCAUCGAUUUUGGACUGUUGUCGAACAUACCGUCUACGAAGAGGAAUCCAGGUUGUUCCAGGUUUUACACGAGUUGUGGAAAAUGGUAUUCAACCCUAUGGAUAUCAGGCUGGGCUUGAAUAAUACUCGAUGCGGACAAAUCAACGAGUUUUUGAUGGAAAUCUGGUCCAAAGCUUCGGAUAACUUGAAAUACGAUAUUUCGAAUCACCACAUACGCGAUUUUUUCCACCGAUUGUCGACUUCUUCGGCCGGAUUUCCGAGUUUUUACGGUCAUAAUAUGGAUUUCAUGUUGGAUCUGCUCGACAAAUGGCGUAACCUGAAUAAAGAACAGAUUUGGCAUAAGAAUUGGCGUAAAUUGAUCCUACGGGCUAAGCCUGUGUAUUUGGAUCAAUUCCUAAGGGCAUGUUUACCGGACGACGAUGAAGUUGAAAAAUUCAAAAAGAAAUUGCUGGCGUGUAAACGUAUUUUCGAGUUAUUGAUCAAGCACGGCAUGUAUUCGGAUUUGAAAUAUUACCUGAAUUUUUGCUCUAAAGAUAAGAGUCAGUUUCAGCAGCAGAGCAAACGAUUGCUCAGAUCGAACUUUCACCUGAUCAUGUAUCACGAUAAUGGGAAAUUCGCUAAAUUUGACGAAUUCGUCGGCGAAAUGUUUUUAAAUACGAGAACAGAUAUCGAAGCGUUCAAUUUCCAGUUGAUUUCAUCCCCUAAAAAUCUGAAUCGUUUGCACGAAGCGAUUAUGAAAGAUCGUUCUACGGAUUUCAAGAGAAUAAUUGGCAGAUUUGUUACAUCAGAGCGGAAAUUAAAAUUCCUGAAGGGCAAAUUAUUAAACCAUUGUAGGCAAUAUGUGCUUCGUCACCGAUUUGGCGACUUUCAAGCUGGCCAGUGGCAAGAGCUGAUUGAAUGGUGCACCGCGAAUGUGGAAGAAAUUGCAGCCUUUAAGCAGUCUUUCAAUAUUGAUGCUUUUUUUCUAGAACGUCUGGCUGAUAUUCGAUGCUUUCAUAUUUGGUAUUUUGAAAGAAUUUUUCGAUUUUUCGAUGGUUUUUUCAACUGGUAUUUUGCUAACGAGUCGGAUCGAAGAAAUUUCAAGUUAAAGAAGAUAGCUAAUUUCGAGCAAAUCGAGCAUAUUCGUGCUAUGCUCAAUGAUCCCGCUUGUCUUAGGAAGAUACAUCGUUUGCUGAUGUGGUUUUUCGAUAACGAUGCUGGGAAGGUGCGCGAAUUUUGUCAAAAAUGUAAUUUUUGUCCGCCAUCGGCACCAUUGUAACCGCGGUGAUUCGUAGAAUCGAUCGAUGAUCGAUUAAGAUUAAUUGUUGAGUGAUUUUUAGAUAGGAAUGCGAUGAUUAAAAAAUAUUUUUCGUUAAAAGUGAACUAAAUAAUUUAUAUAUUUAGCAUUCAAUGUAUUCAUUUUAUAAAUCGGUUGUUUCGAAUAUUUUCAAUGUGCUACCUACCUAGUCAUUUUAUGUUUGUAGGUGAAAUUAAUGUGUAUCGUUUAUUUAUUAUUAUUGUUAUUAGGUGUUUUCGUAUUGUUCUAAGUUCAUAUGUUGUGAUCUCAUUUUACAAUUUUUAAAAUUCUUAAUUGAGUUGUGUUUUUUUCGUAUUAAUUAAAUAAUCUACGUUUGG